AUGUACGGCUAUCGAUCGUAUCUCGAGUCCACCCUCUCGUUCUCGAAGGCAGCAAAAAGUGACCAGCUCCAAAUUGGUGGCUAUAACAAGGACACAGCGAACCCCGAUCUACAGGGUAAUACAUGUACCGUGAAAACAGGAACAAGUGCAAACAAAGGCGCCAAUGCUCGCUUUAAGUGGACAAAAGGCAGUAAAACGGUAGAAUGCCUGGGGCAGAUUCACAACGAACUCUUUGCGCAGAAAAAAGUGAUUCUGAGUCAAGUAAAACUGACGGUAAGAUUGGUGAGACAAGACCCCAGUUUUGUCUUAAUGGCAAAGGAUAACACACAGGAGUACACGAUUAGUUUGGAGGAAGCAAUUCUGAAAAUCAAUAUCAAAACUAUUGCCGAACAUGUUCGCCUUAGCCAUGAGGAACGUCUUUUGCAAGGACCCGCCAAAUAUCCCGUAACAUCGGUUCAAAUGAAGUUUUAUACACGUGGCGCCAACCGUUCGGAUUUGUCAGAAAAUAACUUGUUACAGGGUCGUUUACCGGGAAGAGUCGUCGUAGGAUUGGUGGAGUCCGACGCUUUCAACGGAACGCUGAACAAGAACCCGUUCAACUUUCAACACUUCAAUGUGUCGAGUAUUACGUUGCGACAAAAGCGAACGCCAGUACCGUUUGAAACGAUCAAACUCGAUUACGGCAACGAUCAGUUCCUACCCGGUUACUUCACGGUAUUACACGGAACUAACGUUUGGGGAACUGGCCAGGGAAUAGCUAUAAACGCGAACGAGGAUUAUCCGAAAGGAUACGCUCUCUACGUCUUCAACCUGUUAGCAGAUGAUUCAAACGGUUCCAAUUUCAACUUGGUACGUGAAGGAAACAUAAGUCUUGACAUUCGCUUGAAAGAACCAGCCGAUAAGAGUAUAACUAUUGUAGUUUAUAUGGAAUUCGACGCCAUUGUGGAAAUUGACAACAAUCGCACAGUCACCUUCAAUGAAUAA